AUGAGUGCAGGUGCUGGUGCUGGUGCUGGUGCUGGGGCAGGUGCAAUUGCAGGUGCAGGUGCUGGUGCUGGUGCUGGGGCAGGUGCAAUUGCAGGUGCAGGUGCUGGGGCAGGUGCAGUUGCAGUUGCAGUUGCAGCGGAAGCAACUGGGUUUCAGUAUUUAGCUGGUCAAUACUUGGUAAUGCAAUCACUGGUCUAUUUUGGAGAUGAGCUGGUUUUGUUAGAGCCGGUAUUUGUUGCUGGUUGGAAUUCCCAACAGACAGAGGCCCGGGAACAUAAUUAUAGUCUUGAAAAUCUAUGCUUAUUCUUGGUAAUGACAUUUAACCAUAAAUAA